AUGUCUCUUGACUACUGUAUGGUCUCUAACAGAGUAAAACUCUGUAAGGUUACUGUUUGUAUGCUUGUGACCCUAGUUAUCUUGUCCAUUUUGGCUUCUAAUACUAAUGCAUUUGAAUGUACAGGUACAGAUUCUUGUAAUGGUAGAGGUUUUUGUUCAACCACAGGUGAUUCUUGUCAAUGUUUGACAACUCUCAACUAUGAUUUGAAUAAUAAUGCCAAUACUAUGGUUGCUAACUCUUCCCUUUCAUUCUAUACUCUAGGUUCAAGUGAUGGAGAAGAACCAUCCUAUACUUUCAUUUCUGGUAAUACUACCUAUGUUUCCAAAAUUACUUUUGAUGGUACUAAUGUAAAUGUUAUUGUAAAGAAUCAAAGUAUUUUGACUCAAGAUGUUGGUAGUGGAUAUCAAUACCUCACUCUCAAAAUUGAUGGUAGUUUAGGAAUGUGUCAAAGUGAUAAGAUUGAUUGUGUUGCUCUCACUAGUAACGGUGGUGUUAAUUCUGCUGCUUGUAAUGGAACUGGUCCUUUCUAUUUCUUCUUUAGAAAGGAUGGUUUAAUCUCUGUUUUAGAUAGUACUGGUGCAGAAUGUUGGAACAGUAAUGUUUUCGAUUCAUCAGUUAAAUAUCAAGAUUUUGCUGGUACUAGUUGUCAAGAUUCAUUGUAUUAUUGUAAUGGUAUUGUAAAUACUGAUGCUAAUGUUUGUAGUGGUAAGGGAAAGUGUGGUUCUACUGGUUGUACUUGUAACAAUACAACUCAAUGGACUGGAUCUGAUUGCUCAACCCCUAUUUGUUAUGGUUUACCUUCUACUGAUGCUAACGUUUGUAAAGGAAGAGGUUCAUGUGCUGCUCCAGAUUCUUGUUCAUGCACUAUUGGUCAAGCUCCAUAUUGUAAUGUAACUUGUGGAAAUGUUUCUGAAAGUUCUCCUAGUGUCUGUAAUGGAUUUGGUCAAUGUAUUUCCCAAGAUACUUGUCAAUGUACAAAUCCAAAUUAUUCUGGUAAGAAUUGUGAUGUUUAUAGUUGGGUAUGUCAAGAUGUCAAUUCUUGUAACUCUAAAGGUUUCUGUGCCAAUAGUACUUUGUGUGAUUGUUCCUAUGAUUACAUGAAUAUUGUUAAUGGUGGUGCUACUCUCUAUCGUGAUGUUGUUACUAAUGCUUUUGCUAAUUCUCCAAAUUUCAAUUGUUCCCUUCGUCAAGUUGCUACUGUUGUAAAUAAUCAAACUGUAUAUCCAUUGGUAGGAAUUUGUGGUGGUGUCACUAUUUGGACUUAUCCAAUUACUACUUUUACUAGUUUACUUGAAUAUCUCACAAUUACAGCAAAUGGUCACGUUCUUGUUGAAGGUAACACUCAACUCUUAGAUUUCAAUUCUAAUAUGGCAAUUAAUACAACCACUCCUGUUUACAGUAUGGGAAAUGAUGGUGUAUUCAGAAUUUACUCAUCCACUGGUACAAAUACCUAUUCUCUUGGUACUUCAAAUGGUCUUACAGGUUGGACUCUUGCUUAUGGUCAACAAUGUCAAUCUUCACACAGUUUUUGUAAUGGUCUCCUCGAUACUGAUCCAAAUGUUUGUAGUAGACGUGGUUCAUGUGUUAUGGGAAGUUAUUGUGAUUGUAAGCAUGGUUUUGGUGGUACUAAUUGUGAAAAGGAAGCCACUUGUGAUGGAAUUCCUCAAUCAUCCAACUUAACUUGUUCAGGACAUGGUAAUUGCACUUUCCAGGGAUGUACUUGUACUGCUCCAUACUAUGGAAGUAAUUGUUCUCAAAGAUAUUAUACCUGUUAUGGUAUUGCUUCAACAAAUCCAUCUACUUGUAGCGCUAAUGGUAAAUGUGUUGAAGACAAUACUUGCGUUUGUAAUAAUGGUUUCAGUGGAUCAAUGUGUCAAAGUCUUUCAUCUAACAAUGGAACUAACAAUGGUACAAUCAACAAUAAUGGUACAAUUAAUAACAAUGGUACUGUUAAUAAUAAUGGAACUAUUAACAAUAAUGGUACAACCAAUAAUAAUGGUACUGCUAACAAUGGUACUGUUAAUAACAAUGGAACAAUUAACAACAAUAAUGGUACAUCUAAUAAUGGUACUUCCAAUAAUAAUGGAACCGUUGUUGAUCCAUGUAAGAAUAUCACUUGUCAAUAUGGUAUUUGCUCUGCAGGCAAGUGUAUCUGUAGUUAUAGUACCGAUUAUUUCUAUUAUGGACCUACUUGUUCAAAAUACAGUGCAGUUAUGUGUCAAAGCUUAAUGCAAGCUUCCACAGCUCCAUUCUGUGCCUCAGUUGGUGUAACUCCUAAUAUUAUGAAUUUUGUUUCUGAACUUGGUUAUAAUCUUCUUGCUAAAUAUAAUGGUGCGCUUAAUGAAAGCGUUGUCAGUGCUCAAGCUGUUUCAGAACUAGAUAAUGCUGCCUUGUUAAUGUCUCAAGCAUUCGUCAAAGCUUGUACCAAUGAUGCUUGCCGUCUUGCCUAUAAGAGAUAUGCUUGCUAUUCACAAUUCCCAAUUUGUUCUGCAAAUACUUACAUGCCAGUUUGUAAUGGUGCUUGUACUACUGCCCUUAGUCCAUAUCCACUUCCAAAUGUUAAUUUGACAAGUUUGUGUGGAUCUCUUCCAUCUAAAUAUUGUACCAAUGAUAUUAACUAUGUAGAUGCCAAGUGUGUUGGUGUAACUUGUUCUGGUCGUGGAUCUUGUUCAAAUGGAACUUGUAAUUGUGCAAGUGGCUAUACUGGUGCUAAUUGUGAACAAGUUAUCAUUCCAUACUCUCUCACUCCUGCCUGUGUAAAUGUAAUGUCCUCAUCUUCAACUCCUUUCUGUGCCUCUGCUGGAGUUGUUCUCCCAUUGUAUAAUGUUAAUUUAAUGAAUGGUGCUAAGAGUGAAAGCCAAGCUGCUAGUAUGCUUGCUGCUAGUUUAGCUCAAUUAGAUGCCCAAGCUAAUGCUACCUUCUUAACUGGAUCUUCUUAUAAUCCUAAUUGUGCAACUGCUGAUUGCUUGAUUCAUAUUAAGAGAUAUGCAUGUUAUACUACAUUCAAGUCUUGUAUUAAUACUACUUCAACUGCUGUUCCAUGGUGUAAAUCUGCAUGUCAAAUCAUGUAUACUCAAGCUAGUACUAUUGCUAAUUUUAGUUAUCCAAUGAAUGCUACAUGUGACUCAUUCCCUGACUCCAACUGUAACUACGGUGUCUACCUUCCUUCCACUACCACUUGUUUUGGUAAAUCAAUUAAGGAUGCUACUGUAUGUUCAGGAAAAGGAUCAUGUAUUUCUCAAGAUACUUGUAAUUGUGCAAAUGGUUAUUCUGGAAGCAAUUGUGAAAAGGCAGUUUGUUUCUCAAAGAUUAGUUCUGAUUCAUCAGUUUGUUCAGGAAGAGGUUCAUGUGUUGCUCCAAAUAGUUGUACAUGUAAAACAGGAUACACAGGAGAAAAAUGUGAACUUCCAACAUGUAAUGGUAAGAGUGAUGUUUUGGGUGGUUGUUCAUUCCGUGGAUCUUGUAAUACUACUGAUUCUUGUAUCUGUAAUGGUAAUUUUGAUUCAUCAACAUUCUGUUCUAAAUGUAAGAGUGGUUAUGUUGGAUCAAAUUGUGAUGUUCCAGUAUGUUUCUUAAUUUCUGCCACUGAUAGUACUGUUUGUGGAGGUCAAGGUUCUUGCAUUAGUCCAAACACUUGUAAAUGUAAAUCAGGAUAUUCAGGCACUGCUUGUCAAACCUUCUCUUGUUAUGGUAUUUCAAAGACUGACAGUAAUGUCUGUGGUGGAAGUACAAGAGGUUCAUGUAUUGGUCCAGACAAUUGUAAAUGUGUUACCAAUUGGAACAAUAAGAAUAAUACUUGUACUAGUUGCAGUCCUGCAUACACUGGUUCUUCAUGUACUACUCCAGUUUGUAGUGCAACUGAUACAUGUAAUUCUCAUGGUACUUGUGAUUCUAAUUUCAAGUGUGUCUGUACUGGUAAUUUCAUUGGUGAUUAUUGUUCAUCAUGUGCCACUGGAUUUGUUGGUGCAAAUUGUGAUAUUUCUUGCUCAGCUGCCAAGACAUGUAAUUCACACGGUUCAUGUACCAAUACUGGUUCUUGUACUUGUAAUGGUAAUUUUGAUCCUUCUUUCAAUUGUGCAUCUGCUAAAUGUCUUAAUGGUUUCUUGGGUGAUGGAUGUAAUUACAAGGUUGAUACAUCUUCUUUCAAGUUCAAUGCUAAUGGUGAUAGAAUUACUGCUACCAUUUAUAAUGCUGUCAAGACUCAAGUUGCCUGUUCUCAAAUUAUUUCAUCUCUCUCCAAGCUUGGUACUGGUCCAAUUUGUAACAUGGAUGGUAAAUCAUCUAUUGAAAUUAUUUUAGGUGUUGGUGCUACCAUUGUUACUGGUGAUUCAUUAACUCUUUAUUCAUUGAUUGGUGACUCUAGCUCAACUGUUAAUGCUGUUGUUUCUGCUGGUGAAUUUGUUGCUUUAGCACCAACUUCUGCAUUGACUUCUGACAAGUCUCUUGUUUCCCAAUGUGAUGUUUUGAAUUUGAAUGCAUUUGAUUCUGUUUCUCUUGAUCGUCGUCCUCUUACAUUCUCUUGGACUUGUACUGCUGGUCCAUCAUCAGAUGAUCAAACCAAAUUGAAUUCUUUAAUUUCCUCUACUACAUUGAGUGGUACUUCUGUUAAAUUCCUCAUUGGAACUACAAGUCUCAUUACACCAGUAAUUUCAUUCCCAACUUGUUAUACUGGUACAGGUGCUACAACUUAUACAUUUACACUUGAUGGAUCUGUUUCAAAGGUUUCAUCCUUAUCAGUUUCUACCAAGAAUAACUUGUUGGUCCUUGGUUCUAGUUUUACCAAUAUUAAUCAAGAAGGUGAUUAUUACUUUAUUGUAACUGCAUCUGCUGAUAGUGCUCAAGCAGUUAGUACAACUGUUAAAGUUAGUGCUGUUGCUCAACCUAUUUCAGUUGCAUUCAGUGUUCCAGAUAUGACUCAAUCUAAGGAUGACCCAGUUGCCUUCUCUAUUUCUGUUACUGAUCCAAGUAAUACUCAAGAUACAUUGACUCUCUCAACAACAUGUAUUGAUUCAACUGGUACUUCUUGUUCUAAUCCAGGUUCUGCUUCAUCAUUCAGUUCUUCAUUCGCAGCUGGUACUUAUAUCUUUACUACCACUGCUACUAAGGGUUCAAGAACUUCAAGUGCCAAAUUGACAAUUACAGUUCUCGAUACUUCAAAGAGUUUAAUUGUCAGAGUUUCAAUUACUUCCAAUGUUGAUUUGACAACUGUUGAUCCAACAAAGGACUUGUAUUUGACCUAUAAUACUUUGGAUUCCUUGUCUGCUCCAACAUUCUCUUGGACCUCUGCUACUGGUGAUGUUUCUUCAAGUUCUCUUCUCAUCAUUCCAAGCUCUAAUCUUGUUCCUGGUUCUUCCUAUGUUGUUUCUUUAUCAGUUGUUGAUGGUGCUAAAUCCGGUACUGCAUCUGUCACAAUUACAGUCAACUCUCCUCCAACAGUUGGUGUCUUUGAAGUUUAUCCAACUAGUGGUGUUGCUUUGAGUGAUUCAUUCAGUCUCAAGUGUGGUAAUGGUUGGUCUGAUCCACAAACUCCAUUAUCAUUCCAAUUCUUCUUCUAUGAUUCUGUAUCUAUGAAGUGGAAUUCACUCACUGAAAAGUCUCAACAACAAAGUGCCAACAUUCAACUUCCAUCACCAAGUUCAGGUUCAACAUUGACUAUUAAGGCUGUUGUUUAUGAUGCUUUGGGAGCUUCUUCUGAAUCUAGAACAAAUAUUACCAUUACUCAACCAAGUAAUGCCGACGUUGCAAGUACUUUAACUUCAAUGGCAAAGGGUACUAAUACUGUUACCUUGUCUGGUGUUAGUGCUGCAAUGUUUGUUAUUGGUGCUGUUAGUAAUCCAACUGAUGCUGAAAAGGCAGCCAUUCAACAAGCUUCUACUGCACUUGCCAAUUCAUUCUUAUUACAACAAGCUCAAAGUGCUGCUGUUACAUCACUUUCUUCAUCAGCAGCUGAAAGUAGUAUCUCCUUCUCAAGCUCUGUUGCUGGUUCAGUUUCAAAGGGUCUCUUUGCUGAUUCAACAACUUCUCAAGUUAUUUCAAGCUUGUCAAAUACUACAUCUUCUGUAACAUCAAGUUCUUCUGUUAGUCUUUCUGAUGAUGCUAUUGCAAGUACUUUGGCAACUGCUAAUAAUUUCCUUGCCUACAUCAAGUCCAAAUUAUCAAAGAGAUCUUUCAGUUCUGCUGAUCUUACUAAUUUGAAUGCUGUCUUUGCAAGUGUUGCUUCUAUCAAGACUAAGAAUGUUGUUCCUGAUGCACCAGCUGCUACUGUAACUGCCAAUGGUGUCACAACUUCUUCUCGUAAGGUCAAUCUUGCUUCUUUGAAUUCUAUGGCUCAAAAUACUACAGGAAAGGAUCAAAUCAAGUUCAAGAAUAAUAUUGCCGCAUUGACUGCCUUUGCUAAUGCCAAAUCUGUUAGUGUUACAGUCAAGACAACUAGUACAUCUGUUACUAAUGCUGUCACCAAUGCCAUGACAUUCUCAUUUGCUGAUGGAACUAGUUCUGCAACUAUUUCAGUUUCUAGCUCUUCUCCAAUUGCUGAUUUGGUAUUUGGUACAACCAAGAGUUUGACAAGAUCAAUCACUGCAACCCAAGUCAUCUGUAAAUCUGUCGAUUCAAGUGGUGCUGCUUCAGAUGCUUCAGGAUGUACUGUUGUAAUUGGAAGUGAUGGUACUGCCACAGCAACUGUUUCAAGUACUGGUACUUAUUUGUUGACUCAACAAACAAUUACUGCUACAUCGAGUGGUAAAACUGUUACUCCUAAACCUUCAAAGCUCAGUAGUGCUCCAGCAAGUACUUUCUCAAUGAUGUUGACUCUUUUCAUUGCUGCUAUUACAUUGAUUAUUUUACAAUAGAUAAUAAACAAUUUACAAUUCUUCUAA